UAUACGGACGACCGACCACGUCCACUUGAACCUCAUCCCAACCGGACUGCAGUGUGUUGUCUCUACACGCCUGCUGCUCUCGCCGGACAGACAAUCGAGAGAUCACUGCCCAUUCACAAUCUUCUCUUCAGGGAGCUGGCGGUCCGACGGUCUCGUGAGGUUGUGGGCCAUCCGAGUAUGCAUGCAACAGAAAGACCCCAGCAAGACUGACCACCCUCCCUACGCCUUCUGCCGAUAAUGGUGUUGCUCGUUCAUACAUAUCAAUCAAAACGACGCCAUAAUGGACCCCUCAGUUCAGCGAUUGCUCACAGAUAAACUCUAUGACAAACGAAAGCAGGGUGCCCUCGAGCUUGAGCGGUUCAUCAGGGAGAGCCUGGCCGCCAAAGAUCACGAUAGGAUUCGAAAGACCAUUGACCAGCUAUGUCAUGACUAUGCAUAUGCGGUUCAUCUGCCUCAUGCACGAAAUGGAGGGCUAAUUGGAUUGGCCGCUGCUGCCAUCGCUCUCGGUCCGGAUGAGGUCGCCCGGUAUCUCCAGGAUAUAGUGCCUCCGGUGUUGGCGUGCUUCACGGACCAGGACGCUCGUGUUCGAUACUAUGCCUGCGAGGCCAUGUACAACAUUGCCAAAGUGGCAAAAGGCGAAAUACUGGUCUUCUUCAACGACAUAUUUGACGCUUUAUGCAAGCUCGCCGCUGACUCGGAGCUGUCUGUCAAAAAUGGCGCCGAACUUCUGGAUCGAUUAAUUAAAGACAUCGUUGCCGAAUCAGCGUCUUCCUACGUCUCAGUGUUGAAUUUCACAGACGAGAAUGGCGAACAUGCUGGUUCUGAGAGAUCGAGUGUCGACUACCCCACUACAUUCUCCCUAGAAAAGUUCAUCCCUCUACUGGAGGAACGCAUUCAUGUCAUCAACCCGUUCACCCGAACCUUCCUGGUUUCAUGGCUUACUCUACUAGACACCAUUCCCGAUUUGGAACUUGUGCAUUAUCUACCCUCGUUCUUGGAAGGCCUAUUCAAGUUUCUUGGAGAUCCAAACCGCGAUGUCUAUGUGGCAACGCAAGGGCUUCUAGAACGCUUUUUGAACGAGAUCAAAAAAAUUGCAAAGAUCAAGAGAGGAAUCGCGGAAAGCAGGAGAAGUCGAGCGAGCCACGCCAGACCCGCGUCCAGCCAGGCCGAUAGCGGGACCGCUCGUGGCAGUAACUCGCUUGACAAUGCCAUUGAAGACUCGGGGUCCAGUACUGCCCAGGACGAGUCAGCAGAGGUGGAAGAGAAUGGCGGUGAUUGGAUACCUGGUCAAGACGUCCAAAUCGACUACGCAAAGAUCCUGGAUAUCCUGCUGAAAUUUGUCGAUGUCUCAUCCAGCAGAGAGUCGGCGACAAACUUGCGAUUGGAAGGGUUGUCGAAACAAAAGGAGGAGGAGAUUGGCAUAGUUGCACUCCGCUGGAUCGACAGUUUCUUCGAGAUCAGCCCGGAAGACAUUCUGCAGUUUGUCCCUCGGCUUUUGUCCUGUGUGCUGCCAGCACUCUCCUCCCAGUCCGAACAGGUCCGCACCACUGCCAGCAAAGUCAACCGGUCACUGAUGGACUAUAUUGUUACAUUCCAAGAUGAGGUAUCCACGGAAGAUGACGGCGGACAAGAUCCCAAUGGUCAUCCGUCAUCAGAGGGCGCGGACAAGAAACAAUCAGAAGCAUCCACCAAAAGCGCUCCAACUCAACCGUCUGGUCAAGAUGAGGCUUCCCCUGACGACGCGGCUGAACAGGAGUCGUCAUCACCGGCUGAAGUCGCGGCCAAAUCGUCCGCGGAAACGCCCGAAAAGGCCGUGGCGGAUCUGGACUAUGCUGCUGCCGUCAAUGCUUUGACUCUGCAGUUUCUCAAUGAACACGAGGAAACCAGAGUGGCGGCACUGAGCUGGUUGAUCAUGCUCCAUCGGAAAGCACCUAAGAAAGUUCUUGCGUUCAACGACGGCACAUUCCCGGCUUUGCUUAAGACUCUGUCGGACCCGGCCGAGGCAGUUGUGACGCGAGACUUGCAGCUUCUUUCCCAGAUCUCGAAAAACAGCGAAGACGGUUAUUUUACCUCCUUCAUGGUGGCCUUGUUGCAACUGUUUUCCACCGACCGAAAACUCCUCGAAAUCCGAGGCAACCUGAUUAUUCGUCAACUAUGUCUCAACCUACAACCGGAACGGAUAUACCGAACACUGGCCGAUUGCAUUGAAAAAGACGAGGAUAUUGAAUUCGCUAGCAUAAUGGUGCAGAAUCUGAACAACAACCUCAUCACAGCUCCGGAACUGGCGGAGUUAAGAAAACGACUGCGCAGUCCCGACAGCAAGGACGGUCAGCUAUUCUUUGUGGCCCUCUUCCGCGCUUGGUGCCAUAAUGCCGUGGCCACAUUUUCUUUGUGCCUUCUAGCACAGGCCUACGAGCAGGCUUACAACCUACUGCAGAUUUUUGCGGAUCUGGAAAUGACGGUGAACAUGCUGAUCCAAAUCGACAAGUUAGUACAGUUGCUUGAGAGUCCUGUUUUUACAUAUCUUCGACUCCAAUUGCUUGAACCAGAUCGCUACCCGUACCUGUACAAAUGCCUGUACGGGCUAUUGAUGCUUUUGCCGCAGUCAUCAGCCUUUGGCGCCCUAAAGAACCGACUGAACAGCGUCUCGGCAAUAGGAUUGCUCCACACUCCAGCGUCGAUGCCGACACCAUCGGCUCGCUCGGGUGUGGUGUCGGGAAUCUCAUCGUCAACAUUACCAUCUGGUUCCUCAUCGUCAGUAACCGGCCGCCUCGGCCGCAACCGCGACACGGCCAGUGCGUCCAACGAAAUCAAGUGGCCCGAAUUACUCGACAAGUUCAAGCAGACGCAGGAGAAAGCCCGGCGCCGCAAUGAACGACUCUUGAGAAGCAAUUUAGAUUCCGACGGCGGCUAUGGUGGCGGUGGCGGUGCUGUCAACGGGGGUCCUCGAAGUCUCCUUGAUGACAACACUGGUGUUGAUGGCCGGUCCAGUCGCAACAGUCUCCGCGACGACAUUGUCGUGGACAGCAAAGGUCAUGUCGUGGCCAGAACGGGACUGAGUAAUCGCCCAUUGAGCCUUUUGGCUGGUUCUUCCUCUGCUGCUAAUCCAGGUGGACUCACUGUUCCUGGUACCACUACGGGUCAAGGUUCGAGGUCUGGAUUGACUGCCGCUUCGACCACGACGGCAGGUGGCAGUGGCAGCGGCAGUGGUGGAAUUCAGUCGUCGUCGUCGUCACAUCCGCAUAAGCGUGGACACAGCCUCGCAGGUGGCUUUGGCAAGUUUGCUAGUGGCAUUGCCAGGGCCGGGAGUCAUCGGGAUAAGGACCGUGAUAGAGACCGGGACCGGAAUGGAGACAGGGGAAAGAAGUGAAGUGAUGAAAAGGUCUGACUGAUUGUGACUGUGACUGUCAGAUAGUCGAGUUCUGUUCUCUUAGGACGGAAACAACCAUCAAACGAUUGAGAAGCGUCGUGAUAUGAAUCGAAUUCUUAUGGUAAGAGAAAGGGUCUUGUUAGAGAAGGACGAAAAAGAGACACACACACACUGAGAGAGAGACACUGUCGAGUCGUUCGUUGUACCUUCAACAUCUUCAACAUUGGCAUGGUACGGCUUUGGCUUUUUGGGUUUGGGGGUUUUGGGUUUAUUGGUCGAUUGUAUGGUUUGGUUGGCUGCUGCAUGGUUGGUCAUAAGGAAGAGUCGUGAGCAGAUUGUAUACUACUACUACGGGUAUACAGGUAUACGACGAGUACACGAGUACAGGGUACCUUAUAUGGCCAUCGAUCGACCCAGUGGUAUUGAUUGCCUGUGAAAAGAAUUGAUCGGUAGUAGGUGAAGUUAUCCUGGUUCUGUUCGCUCGAAAAUACCAGGCUUAGGUACAGGUAGGUACCUUACCUCCCUUCCUACUUACUUCAGCGUCGUAGUGUAUGUAGGUCUUUCUUCUCUUGGUAUGGAAUGAUGGUCGAUAUCUCCAGGAAAAGAAAUGAAAAGGGAACAAGCCGGAAAGAAAAUGAAACAGACAUAAACUUGUAACUUUGAUAUCUUUUUCAUGCUUGCUCUCAAGAACUAUACUACCCAUACUAGCUAAAC